AUGGACCACUCUAUGCACAUGGGCUCCGCAACCACCACCACCAGCGCUGCCGCCGCCGCCUCCUCCUCUGCCUUCAGCGCCGAAGCAGCAGCAGCAUGCCAAAUGCAGAUGCUCUGGAACUGGAGCACGCUCAACUCCUGCUUUCUAUCGUCAUCAUGGCACAUCCGCAGCCACUCACAGUUCGCGGGCAGCUGCGUGGGCGUAUUCCUCCUCGUGGUACUCAUCGAGGGGCUACGCAGGGGAGGAAGAGAAUGGGAUCGCUGGAUUGUGCGGCGGCAUGUGCGGCAGCGGGGGAACGAGGAGGGGAUCGAGGGGAAGAAAGGGACGGAGACGGGGACGGGGAUGGGGACGGGGAUGGGGAUGGGAACGAUGGUGGGGAUGGCAAAGGGGACGAAGGUUACGCCCACGCUGCUGCAGCAGGCGGGGAGGACGGCGAUCUAUACGGCGCUUUUUGGCGCGGGAUAUUUCAUCAUGUUGUUGGCUAUGUACUACAAUGGCUACAUCAUCUUCUCGAUACUCCUGGGGGCCUUCGUGGGGAAUGCGGUGUUUGGAUGGGAUACUGUUGGGUAA